GUCCGCACCGAUUCCCGAACGCUCCUCUCGAGUCGACUCCCUGGCACAGUUCCCACGCGCGAAUACCUAGCGCCGCCGGCCAGCUACUCCCCGCCGCCGCUGCGAGGAGGAGACCAUGAAGCUCGACGUGAACGCCCUCCGCUACCUCUCCAAGGAUGACUUCCGCGUCCUCACCGCCUGCGAGAUGGGCAUGCGCAACCACGAGAUCGUGCCCGCGGAGCUCGUCGACCGUAUCGCCGGAUUGAAGCAUGGAGGCACAUAUAAAGUACUGCGGAAUUUGCUGAAGAACAAACUGGUUCACCAUGAUUGUAAAAAAUAUGAUGGGUAUCGGCUCACUUAUCUUGGGUAUGACUUCCUCGCCAUCAAAACUUUGGUCAAUCGUGGAAUAUUUGCUUCGGUUGGUCGUCAGAUUGGUGUUGGAAAGGAAUCAGAUAUAUUUGAGGUUGCCACAGAGGACGGAGAAGUGUUGGCCAUGAAGCUCCAUAGGUUGGGCAGGACAUCUUUUAGGGCUGUGAAAUCGAAGCGUGAUUAUUUAGCGCACCGGAGGAGCUUUAACUGGCUUUAUCUAUCACGACUUGCGGCCCUAAAGGAAUUUGCUUUUAUGAAGGCUUUAGGAGGCCGUGGAUUCCCUGUUCCCACAGCCGUGGAAUGCAAUCGGCAUUGUGUGAUCAUGUCACUUGUGCCGGGAUACCCACUUGUUCAGAUAAAAGAAUUACAAAAUCCAGAUGUUGUUUUUGACACAAUUCUUGGUCUUGUAAUUCGUUUGGCGGAGCAUGGGCUCAUACAUUGUGAUUUUAACGAAUUCAAUAUCAUGAUUGAUGAUGAUGAAACGGUCACGAUGAUUGAUUUCCCACAGAUGGUAUCUGUUUCGCAUCGCAAUGCCGAGAUGUAUUUUGAUCGAGAUAUUGGGUGUAUCUACAAGUUCUUUAACAAAAGGUUUCGUCUUACAGAGAAAGGUGAACAAGAUGGUUCUGAAACUGAUGAGGAUGAGAGCCGCAGGCCAUCCUUUCAAUCUGUUCAAAGGUCUGCUGGUUCCUUGGACAAAGAUCUAGCUGCCAGUGGCUUCACCAGAAAAGAGCAAGCUGAGAUAGAGAAGUUCAUUGACGAGAAUGCUGAAGAAGCUAUUUCCAGCUCAGAUGAUGAUGAUUCGACAUCCGAACGGAAAAUUGAAGGUGGUGACGCUGAGCCUGUUAAAAUCAAUUCCUUGAAAAUAACAGACCAGGAUUCUACUGGUGUGCCUGAUCUCAUCGCGUCGGAUUCAAACGAACCUGAAACUUCUUCUGAAGAGCAUAAAACAAGCACAAGUUGCAGUGAUGAGAACAAAUUGACAGAUCCAAACGCUGAUGGCAUUGGGAAUGCUAAGGUAUCAGCUGGAUCAGAAGGCAAUGACGAUGAGUCAUCAGAGGAUCCUGACGAAGAAGAUGAUGACGUGCUGACAAAAAAGCUGAACAAGCAAAGGAAAAAGGCAUUAGCAGCUGCCCUUGGCCGGAGAAGGCCUCUCUCCUCAAGGAAUGCUUACAAGGACAAGGGGAAGGGCACCAUGAAUUCCAAGAUCCAGAAGCAAGCUUGCCAAUGGUGAAUGGUUGGUCUGCUUUGUUUCCGGCUGGAAAUCUAUAAUGUGUAUUUAGUACGGCCGUAAGAGAGCCGUGCUCAAGUUUUGGUUUUUGCACUCUCUUUUUUGCCAAGAUUCUCAAUGGUUACCUAUUGAGUAGAGUCAAACACCAGUGUGCCAGUACCACUAGCAUCUUGUACCAUCAUCUCAGUAUACAUUCCUUUAGUUGCCAGUGAAAGCAAAUUCAUCAA